AUGGACACUCUCCGAUUCGAGCUAAGCUCUGCUUCCCUCACUUCUGCCGCCUUCACCGCCUCUUCUUUACACAGUCACUCCCGACAUUCCUUCUCCUCUGUGCGAGUCGGCCGAGUCGACUCAUCUCCGGCGAUCGCAUCGGUCGCGAAGACUACGGUGAAUGAAAUCUGCACGGCGGACGAACUCCACUUCGUUCCUGUUCCCAACUCCGAUUGGCGCACCGCUCUCUGGCGAUAUCUUCCUUCCCCAAAGGCACCGAAGAGGAAACAUCCUUUGUUUCUAUUGUCUGGAAUUGCGACUAAUGCUUUUACAUACGAUCUUUCCCCUGAGUUUUCCUUUGCAAGAUUCAUGUCUGGUUUAGGAUUUGAUACAUGGAUUCUUGAGCUCCGUGGAGCCGGAUUGAGUUCUCUGAAUGUCGAUAAAGAUCUUGGAUCUAGCAACGAUAAGCAGCGGAUAGUCUCGGAUCUGUUGGAGAAUCUCAUAAACGUAUCUGAGAGGCUUGAAAAUGUUCUUGAUGGAGGUUUCAAGGUCCUCGGGCUGAAAGACCGACUAUCUACAAGAGUGGAAGAUUUUAAGCAGCGGCUUGAACUUAUCCCUCAUUACAAUUGGGAUUUCGAUAACUAUCUAGAAGAAGAUAUUCCUUCUGCGAUGGAGUAUGUGAGGACUCAAACCAAGCCAAAAGAUGGGAAGUUGUUAGCGAUUGGUCACUCCAUGGGUGGUAUCUUGUUAUAUGCCUUGCUCUCAAAAUGUGGCUUAGAAGGAAUAGAUUCAGGGUUGGCUUCUGUCACGACUCUCGCAGCAACAUUGGACUACUCAUCCUCAAGAACCCUCCUCAAGUACCUAUUACCCGUGAAAGAUCCCGCGCAAGCUAUUAACUUAGGUGCCCUACCGAUUGAUACAAUGCUUGAGAUGAUUCACCCUCUAAUGUGUCGUCCUCCAUAUGCUUUGUCCUGGUUAACCACUAACAUAUCUGCUCCUCAAAUGAUGGAACCUGAAGUGAUUGAGAAGCUUGUUUUGAACACCUUAUGCACUGUACCAGUUAAGCUUCUCUUGCAGCUAUCAACAGCCGUGGACAACGGUGGGCUGCGUGACAGAACCGGUAAUUUCUGUUACAAAGAUCAUAUCAGCAAAACCAAUGUCCCUAUCUUAGCUCUUGCAGGGGACUGGGACAUAAUCUGCCCUCCUGAUGCAGUAUACGAUACAGUGAAGCUGAUUCCAGAACAUCUAGCUACUUUCAAAGUUGUAGGAUCACCCGGAGGUCCACAUUAUGGCCAUCAGGAUCUGAUUUCUGGUCGAACAGCCAAACCCGAAGUAUAUCCAUUGAUUGUUCGAUUUCUUCAGGAACAUGAUGAGAGUUAA